CAAGUAGCAACGUUGACGAAUUCACACUCCAAUACAUCAUCUCUUCUCUCGGGUUUGGAUACAGGCAAUCUAAUUCAGACCUCAGUAUGGCACCAAUCACUGCUCUCCUGUCCGUCAGUGACAAGACUGGACUUGUCGAAUUUGCCAAGGAAUUGAAUGACUUGGGUGUCAGUCUGGUCGCCUCGGGUGGCACAUCCAAAGCCUGUCGCGACAGCGGCCUUAGCGUAAAGGAUGUAGCCGACAUUACAAACGCUCCAGAAAUGCUUGGCGGGCGUGUGAAGACUCUGCACCCAGCCGUGCACGGUGGUAUCCUCGCCACUGAGUCUGCCAGAGAUCAAGAAGAUAUGAAGAACAGGGGAUACGACUACAUCAGCAUCGUUGCUUGCAACCUCUACCCCUUCGAGAACACGGUGGCUAAGCCCGAUGUGACUGUGGCCAAUGCGGUAGAGAAUAUUGAUAUUGGGGGUGUGACACUGCUGCGUGCGGCGGCCAAGAACCACUCGCGCGUGACGGUCAUCUGCGAUCCCUCCGACUACACAAAGGUUAUUUCCGAGCUAAAGGCAUCGGGCGACGGUACAAUCACCUCGGAACUGCGACAGGCAUUGGCUGUGAAGGCCUUCUGCCACACGGCCCACUACGAUGAUGCGAUCUCUAACUACAUGCGUAUCGAAUAUCCCAAUGCCGGUCAGCAGUACACACUCCGCUACGGUGCCAACCCCCACCAAAAGCCCGCGCAAAUCUACAACCCCGAUGGCAAGCUACCCGUCGAGGUGCUCAACGGUAGCCCCGGAUACAUCAACUAUCUAGACGCACUCAAUGGCUGGCAGUUAGUGCGAGAACUCAAGGCCGCUCUGGGCCUACCAGCUGCUGCGUCCUUCAAGCACGUGUCGCCUGCAGGCGCGGCUGUAUUCGUGCCCAUGAGCGAUGCUGACAAGAAGCUGUGCAUGGUAGAUGAUAUCGCUGAUCUUUCGCCGUUGGCCUGUGCCUACGCACGUGCGCGUGGAGCGGACCGCAUGUCGUCGUUCGGUGAUUGGGUGUCUCUGAGUGAUGAGUGUGACGCAAGUACUGCCAGGAUUAUCUCCAGAGAAGUCAGUGAUGGAGUCAUCGCGCCCGGCUAUUCCGCCGAGGCCCUGGAGAUACUCAAGAAGAAGAAGGGGGGCAAAUACACACUCCUCAAGAUCGACCCCACCUUCGAGCCAGCCGAGCUUGAGAGGCGUGAGGUGUUUGGUCUGACCAUGCAGCAGAAGCGUAACAACCACAAGGUCACCAAGGACGACUUCCAGAAUGUGGUCAGCGAAAUUGGGACGCUUGGAGAGGAUGCGGUCAGAGAUCUCAUUGUGGGAACCAUUGCACUCAAGUACACGCAGAGUAAUUCGGUGUGCUAUUCCAAGGACGGCCAAGUUGUUGGUCUAGGCGCUGGACAACAGAGUCGAAUUCAUUGCACGCGGUUAGCGGGUGAGAAGGCUGACAACUGGUGGAUGAGGCAACACCCCCGUGUACUGGGUCUAAAUUUUAAGAAGGGCACCAAGCGUGCUGACAAGUCGAAUCUCAUCGAUGUAUUUGUCCGUGGAACUGUUGGCGAAGAUAUCUCCGAGGAGAGUUUUGCAAGUAGUUUUGAGACCGCACCCGAGCCCUUCACAUCCGCUGAGCGCAAAGAGUGGAUGGCUACGCUCAGUGGCGUGUGUGUGAGCUCAGAUGCAUUCUUCCCCUUCCGCGACAACAUCGACCGAGCGGCGCAGAGUGGAGUCUCAUUCGUUGCGUCACCCUCGGGGUCAGUGGCUGAUAGCAUUGUCAUUGAAGCGGUCAAUGAACACAAGAUGGCCAUGGCACACACAUCCAUCCGUCUAUUCCAUCAUUAGUUUGAUAUUCUCAGAACGUGGCUAAUUAAGAAUGCUAGUAGAGAUGAGUGCUCUGCCAGACAAAGGCAGAGAGGUCCUGAAACGAUUAUAAAAGAACUCACUUUGACUUUCAGUUGUGGGAUGCCCAUCGCUGACGACUAUCAUAUUCACACCGAUUCUGUAAAACUAUCAAGUUUUUGUGCGCAAAACUUACCGAUACCUAGUCGCUUUGCGGAUGAUCGUAAUAGUGAAGUUGACGACACCGUGGUGUGCUAUUGCUAGGUUCAAAUUGUCAUGCACAUUGCUAAAAGUACUUGUCUGUGCAACGGCAAAAUAAAUCGUAACGUUUGUAUGAACUAGUGC